GACCCCCGCACCCUUCCUUGUCCACACCACCACCACCGUCGCGUCGUCAUCCUCGUCAUCGUCAACAACCUCGAGCUACCAGUCUUCCCGCCACAGAAUUCACUGACUCAUUCGUCGCCCAUGCCGGCGAACGCGAACGCUCGCUCCGGUGUACCCCAAGAGAAAGACCCAGCGUCGACAAAGGCGCGUGAGCAGGAAUGGAAACGUGCGAGAGGUGCCAUAAGUUGUGCAGAGUGUAGAAGGCUCAAGCUAAAAUGUGACAAGACUGUACCGUGCUCCUCUUGCAAACGAAGAGGAUGUGCUCCUAUCUGUCCCAACGCAAGUAGCCGGUUUGCAAUACACCGCAGCCUCGUCACAGGCCAAGGCACUCGCUUUGUUCUGGCCGACACCGACCGAUUACACAACAAAAUAACGGAAAUGAGCACACGGAUACGUCAGCUCGAGGAUGCUCUCGCGCUCUCCCACUUCAACAGUUCUCGAGACCCGCAUCCUCUCCUUAGCCGUGAAAACCUCAAAGUCAAGUCAAUCAUCGACUUGCACGCCGCACCCAACGCAGGCCCUCUUGAUGGCGAAACGAACGGCGAGGGCGAGGGAGAUGGAGACGACACCCCGUCCCUCGAUAUUUUUGGUACUCUGGCACUGAGAGAUGACGGCGGCUCGACAUUUUAUGGGCGUUCUGCAGGUCAGGAGAGUCUUCUUCUGGGAGAAAGCGACACGCCGGAAGGGAGCCCUGCUGGAUUUCAAGACGGCGAGUCGAGUCCAUCCAUUGCCAACGUCGCUUCUCUGGCGGAGGUAGCCGCUACUGCGGGAACAUCUACCGGCCUUCCUACCCACGUCCUCCAAGUUUCGUCCGCUUUCCCAGAUGCAUCUGUCAGCAUGCCCCGGUACACUCUGGAGGCCUAUCUUCCGCCAUACGCACGGGCAGUCGAACUGAUUGCGCUCUAUCUCGAGAUUGGGCCUUGGUUCUUCGGAGCAGUCAAGGAGCGGCAACUGAACGAGGAACUUAUUCCUAUGUUCUAUCCGCUGGACUGCAGAGCCGAAGAUACCUACUCCUCCCCCUCGGCCUCAGGUUCUACGUAUUCUGCACAGAGCCCUAGCAACAAUUCUGACACCCAAGGGCAGACUCCUAGCAGUACAUCGGCCCAGCCCAGUUCAGCAGCUCAGUCUCCUGCUGCGGCGUUUACUCCCGGUUCAACAGGAGGUGCCUCUCAAUCGACCUCCAGCUCUUCCCUACCGGACCCGACUCCUCACGAUCUCUCGCUUCUCUUUAUCAUCUUCUGCUUCGGGGCUCUGGUCGACGAAAAUCUUCCGGCUGCACCUAACAAUCCAGAGGCGGAGCGUUAUUUCCUGUUGACGAGGGCUGCAUUGGCGCUCGACCCGGUUUUGGAUAGGGCGCCGGCAGUGAGCACGGUCCAGGCGUUGAGCAUGAUGGCGAUCUAUAAUGGCCUGGUGGCGAAUGAGACGAGUAUCGAGAGCACGUGGGCGUAUUGGGGGCUCGCCGCGAAGUUGUGUCAGAGUAUAGGACUCCACCGUGAUUGCGCGAGAUGGAAGCUGUCUCCGGCCGAAGUGCAAAAGCGGAGGGCUUUGUUCUGGGAGCUCUUCAUCACUGACUGUUGGCAGAGUCUUGCGACGGGCCGCCUGCCAACUUUCGCGUUAGCCUUUGUGGACUGUGAGCUUCCGCAGGAUACUGAACAGACCUUAUCAAAUGAUGGGAAGCCACAACAUUCAUUUCCGUACUGGAAAGCUUUGUUCGGGAAACAGUGCGUCUCUGCCGUCGUCACAGGCAUUCUCACAGCGCGCCCGCCAAAGUACUCCGUCAUCGUCGAGGUCGACAGACAGGUGCGGGACCUGGACUUGCCACAAUAUGCCGUCGAUCCACCGCCGAGGGGUGCGGGUCUGAGUGUGACGAUGCAACAUUAUAUGCCCAUCAAUUAUUUCCAUUUCACGCUCAUCUACACCCACCGCACGUUCUUUGCGCAAGGGCUCUGCGACCAACCGCUCGACCCGCUGAAGUCACAGUAUGCGCCGAGUAUAUUGGCGGGGUAUAGGAGCUCUUGUGAUUUGUUGUUGUUGUUGAGGGAGCAGUUCACGUUGUUUCCGGCGAGGAUAGCGAGGUUCUGGGUGUUGUGGACCCAUGCGUUUUCGGCGUCGGUCAUGCUCGCGCUGAUCCCCGUCCGCGCACCACAGUCGAAACUGGCACAUACGGCUCUUAUGGAACUCAAGCUCGCCUCUGAUCUCUUCGAGGAAGCCGCUCCGUACGGCGGGCGCGCGGGGAAGAUGUUGCCAGUCGUAAAGCGCCACCUCUCGAAAGCGUACAAUUCCUUCCAGACCGCCCGUUCGCAGCUAUCCAAGACGCCCGAGGGAAUCUUUGCGCAUCCCGAUCGGGACGAAUUUUCGAUGUUCUCUGGGGUUACGCAUACGGUCAAUACGCGUGCGAAGAUGCAGCCUCCGAGGCUGAAGAUCACAGGGAAGAGUUCGUCGACACCUGCAUCUACGUCGGGAGGUUCAGGUUCGGCGCAUGGAUCGCAGACUGGUACGCCUAGUACGACUAUGCAUACGCCUGAUAUGGAGCACCCUGAGGCACAAUCACAAUCGCAGCAAGGACAAGGACACAAUCAGCUUCGGGCUCAGAGCCAAGGUCAUUCAAGUCAUAGUCAAAGCCCGAGUAUGGAUACCGAUAGUGCUCAAGGCCAGGCAGCGGAGCCAUCGCACGUACAGAAUCAAGCUCAUACUCAAGCUCAUCAGCAUCCGUACGAGGGAGACUACGCUCGUACCCAAUCUCAAUCUCAGGACCAACAACAAAUCCUCCAGUACCCCGAAUAUCCCGAACAACACGCCAUGGUCGUCGAGCCGCCAGUGGUGGCGUGGGGCCAGGCGCAUCUGCAUGCGUCGCUCGUCAACCAGCUCGCGACGUUCGACGGGACUUUGGAUGCGCAGAUUAGUAGUGGGGCGGCGCAGCCGGGGGUGUGGCAGGGUAUGCCGGCUGUUAUGGAUGUCGGUCAUGGUCAUGGCGGAGGUGGGGGUGGAGGUGGACAUGGAGACGGUGGUGGGAGGAUGGAAAUGAGUUCGUUCGUGGAUCAUCAUCGUCAACAGGGCGGCGGUGAGGCUGGUGGUCACAGUCAGGUUCCGUCGUAUUCGCAGGUGGCGCCCAUGCAGCACGUACCGGCCCAGGCUCAGGCUUUGGUGCCACAUCAAUCGCAUGCUGUUUAUGACCCGCGGCAACAGCAGCAGGUUCAUUCGACGUAUGAGAGUGGUGUUGAACGUGGAGCGCCGUCUGGAAUACCGUCGUCGUAUCCCGCCCAUUAUGACCACCAUCCUCAGCAUCCUCACACUCAAGACGGACAGGGGUACACUCAGCACCAGUAUUCUUCGACUUCGUACUCCGCCUCUUCUUACGAUGCCGGACCUUCACAUUCGCAUUCACAUUCACAGCAUCAGCCACCACCAUCGGACUCGUAUCAGCAUCAACAUCAACAGCAGUAUCAUGUGCAGUAUAUCCAGCAUCCUUCUGGCCAGUCACAACAGCAUCAACAUCCACAUUCGCAUUCGCAAGGACAGCAUCAUCUUCGGAGUCGACCGUCAUACCAGGAUAUGUCGUCGAAUUCAGCAACGGCGACAUAUGCGCCUUAUUCCCAAGCGUCCACGUCUACGUAUUCUGCGUCGACGGAUUACGGUGUUCCGGCCCCUGACUCUGCAAUGAGUGAAGUGCCACCACAUAACACGACUGGUCCCGCUUCUGGUCAUGGUCCCGUCCCAGAUGCACACCAACAUCAGCAACAGCGGAUAUGGAACGUCCCGCACAGCGAGCUGCAGAAUUAUGCGAGACCGCCUAGGGAUAAAGCACGGGACAGCGCGGUGCGGAUGAGCGGGGAUUUGAGCUUGACGGAGGCGUGGAGUGCGUUUAUGAGUCAGAAUUUGGAUGUGCCGGGUGGUCCAGGCGGUCCCCCGGCGGGGAUUCAGGGGAGGCGGUAACAACAGUACUCGGGAGGAACGACUUUUCCCCUAGCUUUAGAGCUCCGAGCUUCAGUGCUAUGGAAGGUCGAUUGGAUGGAUUCUGCGUCAUGGACGUUCGUGUUUUUCUUUCUGUGUCUUGGCUGUUACGUAGGAUUUGCAUGUUUUCUUGUCUCGUUGCAUCUGAUAUGUUCGUGAAUCGUGUGCAUUUAUAUACUCUUGUCUGUGUUUCUAUCCAUCUAUCUCUUUUCUGAAUCUCUUGCGUUUUUCCCUACACAUUCAGUCCAACAUCAAUCUCCCUUCCCAUCAUGACAUGCUUUAUGCAUACAGUAAUUGCAUCGUAUCGUAUCGUUCUCGUGCUCGUGUUCUUCAUUUGGCUGCGUCACUUGUUUGAAGUUGUGCAUCAUGUACUUUAUACUCUUUGCCUCAUCUGUACCUCUUGCGGAAUGGUAAUUUCUUGGAGUUGUUGUUCGUUGCGGUGAGCCCUUUGGUGGCACGUUGGACGGGCGAAUGAGAGGUUUUUGUAGUGCGUGUAGCUACUGUACUCAUCGGCAUGAAUGCACACCGUUUUCUC